AUGGAGAGACCCGAUAAGCCACUGACUCCGCCCGACGACCGGGACAGGAAGCGUGGUCGAGGCGACAGGGACCGAGGUGACAGAGACCGUGGCGACAGAGACCGUGUUGACAGAGACCGCGUUGACAGAGACCGCGUUGACAAAGACCGUGGUGACAGAGAUCGCGGUGAUAGAGAUCGCGGCGACAGAGACCGUGGCGAUGACAAAGCCCGCGGUGAUGACAGAGCCCCAACUGGAGAAGCCGCUUCCUACUUUACCGCCGCUGCUCCCAUAACCGGACCCAACGGCUCGAUUGACCCCUAUCCCAUCGUCACCGACAGCUACCGUCCUCCGCAAGGUCCAGACUCGUCCUAUCCACCACGCCAUGACUAUGGCCGUCCACCUCCUGGUUCAGGCUACCCUCUCCCUUCCCACAGCACCGGUAUCUCGCCCAACUACCCCCCAGUGUCGGGUGCCAACGGCGCCUCUGCAUCCUACUAUGGGACAGGCGUUGAAUCGAUGCCCGGUCCAGCGGCUACUUCAGGUGUUGGCAUGAGCUACAUUCCCCCUGCGCCUCUGUCCGGUCCUCCUCACCAUGGGGCACUACCAAUCCACUCGACAACACCGCUACCUCUCGCGGUGCAGUCCUCUUACUACAAGCCCACCCUCAAAUCUGUGCGCCAGAAAGCUGAGAAGGAAGUUAUUGAACUCGCCAACCUACAACGCCAGAGGAAGAUGAUCGCAUCCAAGGGCACCAGAAGAGAUUACGAUGAGAUUUCAGACAAGAUCAGAGCCCAGACAGCCACCGUCCUCGGUUAUCUCAAGGGCCUGAGACAAGAGAUGAUUCAAAUUGUGGAAGACGCCGAGGACCAGAGGUGGAGAAGGUGGAUUGUUGGCACUAUAUUUGGCACUUUUAUCCCUCUUGUCAAGAAGCUCUUCCGCAGACCUUCAAGCGAGAAAAAGACCAAAACCAGGACGGAGUAUGCCUUCAUCAAGUCCAAGAGUCUGCUCGGUCGCAUUCUUGCCGCAACCAAAGGUCACAGGCCCGGCCUGACGACUGUCACCUUCUUUGUUUUUGCCGUUUUGUACAUCUUUUCAAAUGAGGUGUCGCUGAGAGUGGCCAAGACGGCCUCCAAGCGGUUGAAGAAGCUGGUGAACAAGGUGGAGAGUACCAGUAAUGGCAGGGACGGGGAUGUCCUCAAGGAUGACGACAUCAAGUUGCUGAGCGGGUGGAGGUGGAGAGUGUUGGAGUUUAUUGAUUGA